CACCAGAGGUCACUUGUGCAAAGAUCGUUUAGCCAUGCACCACCGAACCAGCUUCUGAGGUAGUCGCCACCCCGCUCUAGGCGCCCUCCAAGAUCUGGUUCUUGCAUGGCUCUUGCGUCACGCAGUCGCAGACAAGUCGUUGCGCCACUUCCGUUCCAUCCGAAGUCUCGGCGGAGGCACGCGCGCACCGUUUGGCCGCAAUUUGGUCACCUCAUUUGCGCAGAGUGUCGCGAUUUGGGAGGAAGCGCCCCUGAAUAAUGUAUGAGACUUUGUGGGGCGCGGUGAUCUAAGAGAUUUGCACAUGCGUUUUAUUUUGGGGGUUGCACUUGGCGUCAAUUUGACGCCUUUUGUUUUGGGUGGAAGGAGGAACUUUUGGUUUUUCUUUUUGGGGUAAUUGAUUUGGAUCAAUUACUUGGUAGAGUUUUGCGUUGAGGCGGGGGCGUUUGAUAUAAAUUGUACUGUUCGAGGUCGAUAAGUUAUCAGUUGUCAUUAGCUGGCUCAACUUGGAACAUUGUUUUGUAGAACAGCACAAUUAUGUUGUCUAAAGUGAUCGUUUUGGCUUGCCUGGCAAUUAGUAGUGCCACGGCAGAGCCUCAGCUGGAGCACCCGGCCCUGGCGUACGCUGCUGGAGCUCAUCAUCAUCUCUUGGGAGGAGCUUACAGUCCAGACUUGUACGGCGUGGCGAGGUCACUGUCACCUCUUCAGUACGCAUCCAGCUUGCCCGUUGCGUACGCAGCCCAACUGUUGAAUCAGGACCCGUUCCAUAGAACGCGAACCUUCGAGUCGGCCCCGCUGCACUACUCGGGCCAGUCCUAUCCGGUAAGCUACGCCGCUGGUCCCCAAGCGUACGGUGGAGGUGGUGCUGGAGGCGUUCCCGCUUACCCGUCCCUGCCCCACCACCACCACGCCGCCGUGGAGUACCCUCCGCCGUAUGCUACCGCCAGUUCCUACCAUCAGGCCGGGCCCGCAAUUCACCACACUCCCCAAUACGCUUCGUACGCAGCCACUCCUGUACAGCACGCCGCCCCACUUCCACCAUCCGUCCUGGGAGGAUACACUAGCGCCGCCACCGGUCACCCCCAUCAUCCAUCAGCCGUCGUCGCCGCACCCGGUGGAGCACCAUCAUUUCUAUCAUCCGCAGCCGGUGGCCACCCCCUUGCUGCAUACGCCGCAGCCGCUGGCGCCUUCCAGCACCAUCCCGGUAGUCCAUCCGCUGCCGCUGCUUACCUCCAAGCCCUGGACGCCGCCGGAGGUAUGGGACCCGGUGCCGGCGGCCGCCAUCCUGCCGAGCAGUUCUACGCCGGCGCUCGCGGAGGUCCACUAUCAUAUUCCGGCCAAAUGGCGCAGGGUGCUGCGAGCGCGGAAGCUGCUCACCGGAUGGCCGCUCAACUUUCUGCACUUAUCGCGGCGCAGGGGUCCAUGGGCGAAGCACGCGCGCAGGCUCGGUCGGAUAGUGAGUAGGAUCCGCUGGCUGGAGAAGUACAUCUGGCGCAGCCACACCACCGUCAAGCACUAUCACUAGGACUAGACUAAGCUCAUACAAAUAUUUAUUUUGAAUUCAUGCAAUAAAGUUAAGCUAGUUAUUGUUUACAGAAACAAUUGGUCUGAACAUUUGUUUAUUACGCUUCCACG